AUGCAAAGGGUCCAAUUGGCUCAAGCUUUCGAUGAAGACUCACAAAAGAUCAUUGAAGCUAUUCGGGAAGACACACAACGAGAUCUAGACUUUACAUUGAAUGUGGGUGGUGUCCUCAUGUUUAGAGAUUUGCUAUGUGUUCCUAAUGAUGCACAAUUAAGGAAGGAGGUGUUGACAGAAGCAUAUGACUCCCCUUAUUCAAUCCAUCCAGGCAGUGCAAAGGUGUACAGAGACCUGAAAGGACACUACUUUUGGAGUGGAAUGAAGACAGAUGUGGCAAGAUAUGGUGCUACCAUGUAUGCUGGUGAGCUGUUCUUGAUGGUGGUAAAGCCCAGCCACAAGAUCAUUGAUUUCAGUAUGGGUUUGCCCGUCGAGAAAAGAUUCUUCAAUCGGGAGUGGGAGAAAUUCGUCGAUGGUGACUUCACCGACUAUCCUCCUAGUACAAGUCCUAAGAGCGAGGAGUAUCGGAGGAAACACCCCAUGUCAUGCCAUAUCGACACUUCGCUCCUCGAUGAAGUUAUCAUCAAAGUGGGAAAGCUCUUUGAGAUCAUGGAGCACACACCAUGA